AUGACUGUAAGACUGUUGGUAAUGAUAUGUGGCUUGAAAUCAGUAGUUGGGGUACAUGAAGGUUUCAUAGUCGGAGGUGAUUACGUUGAUUCCGUUACAAGAUUCCCACAUGUUGCUGUUUUAUCGAUUACUAGACACGACGAUUCCGAGGCUACAUGUGGAUCGAGCAUAUUGAACCAACAGAUUUUGAUAACUGUUGCCCACUGUUUUGAUGACGUCAUAAAAGUAAGAAUCUAUGUGGGGAACUCGGAUAGGAGAAAAGGUAUACUACACCGGAUUAAUCGUUACUACCAGCACAAGGAUUGGAAUCCCAGAAAAGUCAUUAAUGACAUUGCCUUAGCUAGACUGAAGAAACCGUUGUCAUUCGGGCAGACAGUGAAAAGAAUUAUAGUAAUGCGGAAGCCGCCAAAAAUGAAAAUAGCGGAAGUGGCUGGUUGGGGCGUGACUGACGAAGAUUACUACAGUGAAUCACACCUACUGAAACAUACUAAACAGAAACUGUGGACUCUUAAGGAGUGCAGAGAAAUCUUGCCCAGAGCACCCACAGGAACCAUUUGCGGCGGCGAAAAAAAAGCAAAGAACAACUUCGCUUCUCACGGAGAUUCCGGCAGUGGCCUCAUAAUUAACAAAAAUAUACUCAUUGGGAUGGUCUCCUACAAAGUCAUGGAAGUUUCUCGCAGUCUUGUGGUGUAUACACAUGCUCCUUCCUACUAUGAUUGGAUUGUGAAAGAAUCGAGACGACUAUCAUGCCAGAAUUAAGAAACAAAUCUGUAGGUGUAUUGAUAUCUAGUUUUCAUAAAUAAAAAAAUAAG